AUGGAUCCCGCAGAAGUUUUCAUGGAAGAAGCGAAAGCGCGUCAGACGCCGAUCCUGGAAGCGGCAGCUCGCGGUGACUGUGAGAUACAGCAAUUCUUCAGCGGCACGACGGCCCUCAUCACUGGAGGUACCGGCUUUCUCGGGAAACUGCUCAUUGAGAAACUGAUCAGAUCUUGUGAUGUAAAAAAAAUUUACGUUAUAUCAAGACCGAAAAAGGGAACGUCAAGUAAAGAAAGAAUCACUGGUUUACGAAAAGAUUCAGUAUUUGAUACCCUGCGCGCAAUAAAUCCAGAUUUUGGGAAUAAAAUAGAAACAAUCGAAGGAGAUGUGGCCGAAUUGCGACUCGGCCUUAGCGUCCAAAGUUGGGUCACCAUAGCCGAAGAGGUUGAUGUUAUAUUCCACAUGGCAGCUACCACUAGAUUCGAAGAAAGAGACUUUACAUAA